GCUCGCGAGGGGAUGCUGUAAUGGAGAGCGAGUGAGGGCCGGGUCCGGGAUCGCCGACCUGACGGGAACUUGCGGCUCAGAAGGACACUGUGAAGGUUUCGUCGCCUGGAAGAGCUGUCUACGAACGCCCCUCCCCUAGCUCUUCCCUGAGGACUUGAAAAAUAAUUAAAUUGGGGCCAUGGGGUCGUACAAGGUCACCGGGCGUCUCAUCUUCGCCAUCACCAUCGCUACCAUCGGCUCUUUCCAGUUUGGCUACAACACUGGAGUCAUCAAUGCCCCUGAGGCGAUCAUAAGGGACUUUCUCAAUUACACUCUGGAGGAGCGAUUGGAGGAUCUGCCCUCUGACGUGCUGCUCACGUCCCUCUGGUCCUUGUCGGUGGCCAUCUUCUCCAUUGGUGGCAUGAUUGGCUCCUUUUCUGUUGGACUCUUUGUCAACCGCUUUGGCAGACGCAAUUCCAUGCUGAUCGUCAACCUGCUGGCCAUCGCUGGUGGCUGCCUUAUGGGGUUCUGUAAAAUAGCUGAGUCGGUGGAAAUGCUGAUCCUGGGCCGCUUGGUCAUCGGCCUGUUCUGUGGGCUCUGCACAGGUUUCGUGCCCAUGUACAUCGGAGAGAUAUCUCCUACCGCCCUGCGGGGCGCCUUCGGCACCCUCAAUCAGCUGGGCAUCGUCAUCGGGAUCCUAGUGGCCCAGAUCUUUGGUCUGGAAUUCAUCUUGGGGUCUGACGAUCUGUGGCCCUUGCUGUUGGGCUUUACUAUCAUUCCAGCUAUUCUGCAAAGCAUAGCCCUUCCAUUUUGCCCUGAAAGUCCUAGGUUCUUGCUCAUUAACAGAAAGGAAGAGGAGAAUGCUAAGAAGACCCUUCAGCAGUUGUGGGGCACCCUGGAUGUGACUCAGGAUAUCCUGGAGAUGAAAGAGGAGAGUGCGAGGAUGUCCCAGGAAAAGCCAGUCACCAUACUGGAGCUCUUCAGAGCGCCCAACUACCAGCAGCCCCUCCUCAUCUCCAUCGUCCUCCAGCUCUCUCAGCAGUUCUCUGGGAUCAACGCCGUGUUCUACUACUCAACAGGGAUCUUCAGUGAUGCAGGUGUCGAAGAACCAAUCUACGCUACCAUUGGUGCGGGUGUGGUCAACACCAUCUUCACUGUAGUUUCUGUGUUCCUGGUGGAAAGGGCGGGAAGAAGGACUCUACACCUGAUUGGCCUUGGAGGGAUGGCUUUUUGUUCUGUCCUCAUGACGAUGUCUUUGUUGUUAAAGGAUGACUACGACUGGAUGAAGUUCGUGUGUAUUCUGGCUAUCUUGGUCUUUGUGGCCUUCUUUGAAAUUGGACCAGGCCCCAUUCCCUGGUUUAUUGUGGCCGAACUCUUCAGCCAGGGGCCCCGCCCCGCUGCAGUGGCAGUGGCUGGUUGUUCCAACUGGACCUCUAACUUUUUGGUUGGAAUGCUCUUUCUACUACUUAGGACCCUACGUUUUUAUUAUCUUCACCGUCUUCCUCAUUUCAUUCUUGAUCUUCACCUUCUUCAAAGUCCCUGAGACCCGUGGCCGGACUUUCGAGGAUAUUACUCGGGCCUUUGAAGGGCAAGUUCAGGAGGCCAACAGAUCCGGAAAAACCUCCGCUGUGGAGAUGAACAGCAUCCAGCCUGUCAAGCAGUCUACCGCCAAUGUCUAAGCCAUGCCUCCCUCCACCUCCCUCCCAGCACGGAAGAGCAACCUCUCCCCGAAUACGGGGGAGACUUCAUCAGGGUGACCCCGGACUGCUUCUGAAUGCUGCUGCUGUGAUUCCUUUCUCAUCCCACACACUUCCAUGAGCACUCAGACGUGCCCAGUGCUGGAGUUAGUUGGAUCUUCAGUGGCUUUUUAAAUAUUCAUUUCUUGGACAUUCUCUCCUGUUUAGGAGAGACCAGGUGAACUACCUUCACUGCAGGAGGGACUGGCCACUUGGCGCGUGACGACCUUUGCCAGCUCCUCCUUUUCGUUAGGUUCUGAUGUUGCCCCUCUAGUGCAUCCAGGGGCGUGAGAGGGAAGGUGCUUCCCCCAGCCCGAGACUCCCUAGGAAGCAGAUACCCAGGAGGAUUUGAGGGCAGAGAGGGACUGACUUAAGAGAGCGCCUUCUUCACUUCUACACAGCUCUGCACAACAAAUUAACACGAGUUUUAUUUAUUUUUAUCUCUGGUUUAAUUGCAUAAAUAUUUAUUUUUUUAAAUGUAAGGGAAUUUUACCAAAUAAUGAAAACAGAAAGAAACUGAGGUUAAAGGGAGGUGUUUAGGGAGAGGUAGGGUAGAAGGAUUUGGUUCUGGCGAGGUGAAGAUGCAGUAAAGGAUGAGUUUAGGAAGAAGUGUCUGUUAUGGUUGGGAACGUGAUGGGUGGUCCCCAAGCUUUGGGUAUCGCCUCUUCACAACUUCUAUCCUCAAGUGGAAGCUAGUUUCUCAGAAUAGUCACAUGCCUGUACAAAAAAGCUACUGGUUUUCUUCAGGAUGUUUUUCUUUACGAGUAUAGUUUCUAUGUAGCAUUACUUGAAAUCUAGGACUGUUACUAAGAUGGGCGUUGUAGUCAAUGGGAUUUGAUGGGUUCUCAUUUUAGAUGGGAGUCCAGAACGAGCAGGUUAUUUUUAGAAAGCCUCUCCCCUCUCAUUGGACUGAACAGUUCCUUCCCGUCUAGUGGACUCCCAUCUUAAAAGUAAUCCCACCACCCAUCCAGUGAGAGAGCCCUCCAAAUGAGAAACUGGAAAGAAUUGGUUCUUGGUAGGAGUUCAGUAUUUUUCCAUUUUGUUCUUUAGGAGAUUUGUAGGUGUUGGUUUUUGUCUUGUUUUAACCCACAGCUUUAAAGGGAUGGAGAGAAUGUUCAUAGCUAACUGAAUUGUAACCUCAGCUCUGGGAGAGGCUUUUUCUUGAGUAGUUACCGUCUAUUUAAGUAUAUCGUAGGUUAUGGGUCACAGCAUGCUCCCCUGUGCCUGCUACCGUAGCUCAUUGCCCCUGUUGCCAUGGUACUGUGUCCGGUGCCCUGCGGGGCUCGAUCUGUGGUAGACCACACGCGCGCCAGUGUGAGCGCGGCAUUGUGAGCGCUGCAGUGUGGCCCCUCGGUAGGGUCUGAAUGUAUGUGCGCUGCCACUUUCCUCUGGGCGGACAGAGCUUAUUGGGGACUUGCUGCCUUCACUGGGUGGAAUGUAUUAAACUCAUCCUCCUGUAUAUAAAUAACACUGCCUGCCUGGGUGGGCCUUACAUCCAGAACCUUCGCAUCCAGGUGACUCAUCUGGCUACCACUGGGCGUCGGGGGGAGAACUUCCUAAAUCUAGAGGUUGAGGAGGGAGGGCUCAGCCUCACCCAGAUUCAGGCCACAGGGACAGGAAAGAGAGAGCAGGGCAUUUGGCCUCUCGGGGGCCCUAGUGGUGGAGCGGAGAGCAGGGAGUUCAUCGAAUGGGUAAGAAAUCAACAGAAGACUUGCUUCCGACUCCGGAGCUUGCAGGUUAGAGGAGAUGGAGGGAUUUGCCGCUGCAGGUCACAGACGUCCCCACGGUCUCUCCUACUGUCUCAGUAUUUCGGUAAAUGGAGAUUGGGUCCUGGUGACAGUCACCCUCUUCUUUCCUGCGUUGAUCUCCCUCUCCCUCCUUGGUGCUUACACAUUUCCGACUCUUAGACAGCCCCCUGCCAGUGAUAGUAUUUCAGUUCUCGGUUCCCACAUUCCCUCGGCCCUCGAGUCUGGAGGGAUCAAGACUCCCGGGGCUGUGUGCAGGGCUUGACUGGAAAAGGCAACUCCCCUGGCCGCACCUCCGCUGCCUGCUCCUCGGCGGCAGGCUGGCAGUGUUACAGGGUGGCGUUUUUCUUAUUUCUCGGUGACCAAGUUGUGACUAUUUCCAUAUGAAUUUUCUAUUAUUAAUGUUACUGUGGUUCUUUGUUUUGAAAUAAAAAUUCCGAAUGUACCUAUGGCA